AUGCCGGCAUCAAAAGGGUCGGUUACGGCGGUGUCAGAUGCAUUACUGCCGUAUCGCCGCCCUCGCCGCCGACCGGCUCAUCUACGCACUAAGACUGGCUGUCUAACUUGUCGUAAGCGAAAGAAAAAAUGCGACGAAACACAGCGGACCUGCCUCAACUGCACAAGGCAAAGGCUGGAAUGCAUCUGGCAGUCCGACCGGCGACCUUGUGUUUCUGGCAAUUCAUGUGGUCACGAGUCUCCAGAAGAGACACCGCGGGUCUCGAACAUAGCUGAUACUGAGACCGAGCUGGAUGUGGUAGCAUCGCGCUCCGACACCAAAACCGGGCUGUCUGUCUCUGACUUGAUCUCUUCUACACAAUGGCAAGCAUUAUCGUCUUUGUUCCAAACUGCCUCCGUUGAUCUCGGUGCUGAGCAGAGAUACUUCGCCACCUUUGGACAUUCCUCUGCUAUCACGCCUGGCAGUUCUCUUCUGUUCGACUUCCUCAGGGCACGAUUUCUCCCGCAACUUAUUCGGCCCGCUGCUACUUGUCGCGUCAUUGAUUUAUUUACUAGGGAGUCCUCGGAGAUCGAACAAGCCAUGCACCGUCUCGUCUAUGAAGCCUUUAUCUUCCAUGUUGCAACCAGCCUUCCCUUCCAGUAUCAUAUCGUGUACCCGGGCGAGGUUGAUCUAGCCUUGGCAUCAGCAGAGGAUAAUCUUGGACGGCAUUUCAAUGCUCCCUUUCCGUGUUAUCCAGACUCCCCAGUGCUUGGGGCUCCACCCCAACUCUUUCGGUGCAUAUAUACUAUUUAUCGCCUCUAUCAAGAUAGUGCUCGCAACCGGAUAGAUCAUGAUGUUUUUCAAAAGCUCGAAAACGAUCUCCCGCAGUGGGAUCAAUCAACAGCAGCGCCGAAUGCCUGUGAGCUCGACGGCAUGGAGGACAACCUUGAGAAAUGUGACCUGGGAUCCUGGCAUCAAAUGGUACAGAAAAGCAAAACCGCUGUGAUCGGGCCCCAGCUGUACCUUGUGGGCUGUCGGAUCCUGCUCCAGCGUAUGGCCUGGAGUAACAACAGGAGAGCUCACUCAACCAUCGGCCAGCUAAUUCAAGAAGGAAUGGACGCUGUAAAGCAGCUGCAGCCAGAUAUCGACUACUUUGCCGAAUACUAUUGUUGGCCAUUUUAUGUGCUAGGAAUUAGCCUGCAGCAGCCUACAGAUCGGGAGUGCCUCAUGGCUCAAAUCCUGGCCUUUUCCGAAGCAACUAACAACGGCACGAUGAGACGGCUAUCUGAGAUACUGCGCACUCAUUGGAAGAGCCCUCAAUUACCCCUGCCUGAUUGA